AAAACUUUAAAUUUACCUUAAGACAAAAACAAUAACACAAUGGCCUCAAUAGCACGCAAACUCGACGAUUAUGUCCCCUCCGAUUCCGACUUCUCAUCGGACUCCGCUAGGAUGAGGAAAGACGAACCGAAUUCCGCCGCCGCCGUUUCCAUCUUCUCCACCAAUCAGAUCACUCCACCGAUUGAAACUAGGGUUUCGGAUGCUCGAUCGGCUUCUUGCUCUUCUUUGUCCCAUUUCCUCUCGAUUCGAUCACUCUCCGGUCUUCAAUUAUUCGUCAGAACAUUCUCUCAAGGUAAUAAUACCCUAGUUAUUCACGCGAAUUCUGAGGAUACUGUGAAAUACAUACACGAUCGCAUCGAGGAGAUUACGGGAAUUCCCGUGAUCGAACAGAGGUUGAUUUAUCGGGGGAAGCAGCUUCAGUGGGAACAAUCUUUGGCAGAGUGUUCGAUUCAGAACGAUGCUGGGCUUCAAUUAGUGGGUCGUGUGCGAAGUACCCCUCAUCCCAAAGCUUGGCAAGUGAUGGAUGAGAUGGUUUCUUUGAUUUUUCGGCUUUGUAAAGGCGAAAACACGCCUUCUGCCAAGUCGGCCAAGUCGAGGCUAUCGGAGUUCUUGACCAUGACGCCGAGGAACGACAAUGAAGCUGCUUACGGCCAUCUUCAGAUAUUUUUAUCUUCUUGCGCUCCAGCGGCUUUGGUUAUGCUCUACAUGUCGCCCUAUGAAGGUAACAAGGAGUGUGGUGAUGAAUCGAUUCGGCAAUUUGUUGAUUCUAGUCGAAAUGUGUUGCCAAAAGCUAUACACGCUCUGUGUGCACCUAUAGUGUUAGAAUUUUGCAAGUUGCUUGGUAGAGCUGUUCAUGACGACCCUUUGUAUUCAUUGUGUAGAAGUAGUCUUGGGUCAAUGGUGGAAUAUAUUGGCUCUGGGUUGGGUUCGAAAAGCAGUGAUAAUAGUAAGGCAUUGGUUGUAGUUCAAGAGGUUUUUCAAUUUGUUAGAGAUCUUGCAGCUAGGUUGUCUAAUGAUCUAGUGUUGAGUAUCGAAUCGCCAACGAAUGUGGGGCCAUUGUCGAGUGAUGUCCGUGAUUUCACGGCGUUCUUGCACCCACUACGAACUGCAAUUAUGGAGCAAGUGGGUUUUGGGGGUCCAAUCUCAAUGCCAUUUUCUGAGGGUGAUCAUAAUCUUCCCUUUUAUGAUUAAGAGAUUAAGUUUCUUUAUGGUAUAUUUACUGAUUUAUUUGGAAAAAUGGAACACUGUCUUCAGAAAAUGGAGGAGUGCUUGGCUACGAAAGAGAAAAGGGAAGGUGAGCAAAUUCCUCAAGGAUGGGACCAGUAUCUUGCUAUUUUGAAGGAAUUGAAUAUUAUCUCUAAACUUUAUCAAGGUGCUGAAGAACAAUUCUUGACAAAAUUGAGGCAGCGAAAGGUUUCUGUUUGUUAUCUUAUCAUCAGAUUCGCUAAGCCGAGUGACGAUCAUAAAUGGCUCCUUGAGCACAAGGAUGUGACAAAUUUUGAAUCUAGGAGGCAUCUGGCAAUGAUGAUGCUUCAUGAAGUGAAGGAUGAGUAUGAGGAGCUUCAUGAGAUGCUCAUUGACAGGUCACAGUUGUUGUCAGAAUCGUUCCAGUACAUUGCACUGCAGAACCUGAGGCAUAGCGUGCUGGUUUAUUUAUGGAGUUUAAAAAUGAGGAAGCUACAGGGCCUGGUGUAUUGCGGGAGUGGUUCUUUAUGGUAUGCCAGGCAGUUUUCAAUCCACAGAAUGCCCUUUAUGUAGCUUGCCCAAAUGAUUGUAGAAGAUUUUUCCCGAAUCCUGCGUCCGAGGUAGAUCCUUUGCACCUUGAAUAUUUUAGCUUCUCUGGCAGGGUAAUUGCCCUAGCGUUGAUGCAUAAGGUGCAAGUUGGCAUUGUCUUUGAUCGUGUGUUGUGUUUUUCUUGCAAUUGGCUGGAAAGGAUGUUUCUUUGGAAGAUAUUCAUGAUGCAGAUCCAUGCUUGUACAACAGUUGCAAGAAAAUCUUGGAAAUGGAUGCUGAGAUGUUGGAUUCUGAUGCACUGGUUCUAACAUUUGUGCGAGAAGAGUUAGGAUCCGGGGAAAUUGUGGAGCUUUGCGCUGGUGGUAAAAGCAUUUCGGUGAAUAGUAGGAAUAGGGAGGAUUAUGUUGAUCUUCUUAUUCGGCAUCAUUCUGUCACAUCUAUCUCUGAGCAGGUAGCCCAUUUUGCUAAAGGGUUUUCUGAUAUGCUUUGCCAACCAUUGCUCCAUAAGUUCUUUUUCUGAAGUUUGGAGCUUGAAGAUCUUGAUCGGAUGCUGCAUGGGAGUGAAAGUGCUGUUUCAGUGGAGGACUAGAAGGCACAUACUGCAUAUAAUGGGUACAGAGAAACUGAUCCACAGAUACUCUCGUUCUGGAAGGGUUCACCUCCUUCAACGUGGUGCUUGGUUAAUAAUGCUUCUUAUCCAAAAGAGAAAAAAGGAAAAAAGAAGAGAUUGCAUGGAUUACAAUUUAAGUAAAUUUUGUAUAAAUGAAUAUCAUAAGAGGUUAGUUUUGGGUAUAAAGCAGAUUCGGAAGGUGUAAACGUGCUAGAUUAAUUUGAGUAAUAGAAACUUGAGGAAGAGUUUAUCUCAAAAUGUGUAGUAUGGGAAGGAUGUCGAAGUAUUAGUAGAAUCUGUGUACCUUCUUCUUCAUUGUUCCGUGGCUAGUGAUUUAUUUGUUCAAUUUUUGGUUAGGUAGGAGUUAUUUUUGUAUCAGUGUAGCAUCAUGUUGAGGCAUGGAGUGCCAAUUGUUCUAUUUCAAGUAAUAGAAACUUGAGGAAGAACUUUUUUUAAAUGUGAAGAAUGGGAUGUCAAAGUAUUAGAAGAAUCUGUGUAUCUUCUUUUUCAUUGUCCGGUGGCUAGUCAUUUGUUGAAUCUGAUUGUUCACUUUUUAGUUUGGUAGGAGUUGUUUUUGUUUCAGUUUAGGAUCUUAUUGAGGCAUGGAGUGCCAAUUAUGCUAAAAUAUGGGUGAGGAACUUGGUAGGCAUUUGCUUUAUGUAUUCUAUGGAUAGCGUGGACAGAGCGGAAUAGAAGAUCUUUUGAUACUCUUGAACUCCCUAUUAUUAGCCUGAAAGGAUCGUUGCUCUUUUCUUCCUAAAAUGUUCUUUGCUCCUUUCUUUGGUUUUUUUGGGCUACGGGCCAAGUGUCUUUUUUUUCUUCGACUCUUUUGUGCAGAUUAUAGGGGAUUUGUUUAUGCCUUUUGAUAGAUAGCUUACAGCUUUUUGUUUUUUUAAAAGGGUUAGCCCUCUUCAACAUGGUGCUCAGUUAAUAAUACUCUUUACUUAUAAAUAAAAAAACAUAAACAAAAACAAAAACAAAAGAUUGCAUGGAUUAGAGCUGUUCAUGGGACCAGACCACUUGAAAUAUUUGACCGACCUAGGGAUGGCAAUUUGAACCCGGCCCGACGGGGACCCGACCCCCUGUCCCCGAUAAGAAUGGUUUUUUUCCGAAAAAUACCCCCGACGGGCCGGGGAUGGUAUUAAAAAAUAAAUCCCUGGUGACAUUCGGGCCGGGGACGGUGAUAUAUAUUUCAUCCCCGGCCCGCCCCGGCCCCGGCCCCGCCCCGGUCAGCCCCCCGAUUUAUAUAUAUAUUAUAUAUAUGUUACACUCUCUGACAACACGCUCUAUCUCACACUCUCUAUUAUAUUUAUAUAUUAUAUUAUAUUUAUAUAUUAUAUUAAAUAUAUUUCAACCCCUGUUUGUUGAAUAACUCAGCAGCAGAAGCUGUAUCUCACUCACACUCUCUUCUCUUCUCUCACUCUCUCUCUUCUCUUCUCUUCACACAGACACAGACACAAAGCCUCCUCCAAGCCACCACCACCUCCUUCUCCUUCUCCUCCUCCAGGCCACUGCAGCCUCCUCCUCCGUCGCCACGGCAGAUCUGAUGGAGUGUAGCACAUCGUCGAUCUCCACCGCCGAUCUCCUUCGCCGAUCUCCACCGCCGCCCUCCUCCGUCGAUAUCCUCCUCCGCCGCCCUCAUCAGCUCAGAUCUUUUUUUGCAGAGUAUAGCUCAAAGCUGCUGGAGUCUACCAAUUACAUUACCAUGUGACAAGCUGUCAAGGUAGGAUGAAAGUUUGAAAAUAUGUAAAUAAUUAAAAAAUAAAUAAAAAAUAGACAUCUCAAUAUCUGAUCCUCGGGAAUGCAAUUUUGUCUCUAGAAUUGUAUCCUUUAUGGAUGAUAGGUAUUUGAAUAGUAUGAAGAUGUGUCAUUUUCUCGUUUUUUUGCUGGUGUACAAAUGUAGGCUACCUUCUCCUUAUUCAUGAAUCAUGUCAUAUUUUGCAUAAUAUUGGCUUAUUGUAACAAUACAUGUGUUUUAUAUGAUAGCAUGAACUUCUUGAUUUUGUUUACUGGAAAAA